AUGAGAGGCUUGAUGGCUGCUGUGACAGAGCUGCCCUUAGCUCCUUCCUGUGCCGUGUGCUGGCACCGCGGGGGAAGGGACCUUUGGGUGCGCCCAGGUCUGGGUGCAAUUGCCCUGCCCCCCAUUCAGACUGCGGGCAACAGCGUGGGUCUCCCGCGUCCCACCCCUGCUUGCAGGGGCAGCCUGAGGCUACUGGCCCCGGCCAGCGCACCGCAGCUGGGCCCCAGCACCAGCUCUGGACGGCCCGCUGCGCAGGCACGUGGAAACCUGCCGGGCAACCUCCGCCGCGGGGCUGCUGAGCCCCACCCAGCGCGGGCCGGCUGCGCGCAGCAGCAGGUGGAGAGGCCGGGGCUGGGCUAG